GCCGAAGAAGAGAAUGACGACAGUGCGAUGUAUGUCCAGUCCUCAGUCGAAAACCAUUCCAAAAACGAGAAGUCUGAUAAAAGGGUGUCUUUCAGUGGAAACAUGGCAAGCGUUAAGGUUUUCGAUAAGAAUGUGAAGAAUCUAGAAAUUAAGCCGUCGUCGGCGUCUCCAGGGAAAGGUAUACUUCGCGCGAUGCCGAAAAAUGUGAAAUCUUUGGAUAAAGGAGAGAUCAAUGAUAGUGGAGAACAUAGUAUUGCGAAAGACACCGACGUCACCGCUGAUAAAAAAAUUGACAAGAAAACUUUGGACAGAAGUGCUAUGAAAACAACGGCUGAGCCCAGAAAGAAGAAAGUGAUCCGAGUGGGUUUCGUUUCGUUCGGGUUUAACUGUACCAUGUGGAAGUUCACCAAGAAGACUCCAAAGCAAGAGAGAGAUGAGUGUGUAUCCCAACUUUAUGGCCUGGUGAAGGGCUAUGCGUCCAAGUUAAUCUACGCCCACGACACUUGCCGUAUUUUUGAAUGUUUACUGGCUUUGAAGAGACCCGGAAUCACUUCUGCAAGUGCGUUUCUUCAUUCUUCCUGUGUGGUCCUUGUAACGGGUCUUUUUUCAGUUUUUGAUGAACUUUCUCCUGAACUCGUGCGGAUGGCCAAAAACAAAUAUGCACACUUUUUCGUAUUGCGCAUGUUGAAGUACGGGUGCUCGGACAAACCUCGCACGAUGGACGAAAUCGUAGCCGAGGAACCUGCAAAGAUAAAGCUUAUCGUUCGGCAUCUUGAGGAGCAGAUUUUUGCACUUGUUGAAAAGACAACAAUACGUCUCUCUCUGUGUCAUCGACUUUUGAAAGACUUUACAACUUAUUGCGACUCAGAUCAACUAACAAACCUGAUCGAUUCUUUGAAGGACAGAAUUCCCGAAUUAGUUCAUACUUCGGAUGGCUCAUACGUUGCUAUGAAAUGUGUUUGGCAUGCUAACGUAAAAGAUAGAAAGUUGAUAGUAAAAAACUUCAAAGAUCUCGUCGUGAAGACGGCAAUGGAACACUAUGGACACAGAGUUUUGCUAGCAAUUUUUGACACUGUAGACGAUACAGUGCUUGUAAAUAAGUACAUUACAGCUGAACUCGGUCAUGAGAUUAAGAAGAUAAUUUUGGAUAGUUGGGGUGAGAAGGUGAUUCAUUAUCUUGUUCAUCCUCGAGAUGGACGAGGGAUGCCACGAGAAGAGAUUGAGCUCCUAAGUGAGGGCGAUUUAAAUCCCUUCAGUAAGAAGGAAAAAAAGGACCGUUAUGCGGAGCUAUAUGGGAAAAUAUGUGAUCCACUAUACACUUAUCUUUCUGCAAAUAUGGAAUCCCUGAUUUUUGAGAGUAAUAGGUCGAAAUUCAUCGCUGCUUGUUUAGAGAGCACAAGUCCUUAUGACUUAUUCGACCGACGAGUACCGGUCCAGAUGCGUAAGAAAUGUAACGAAGCUCUUGUUGAAAUAGCGAAACAGGAGUUUAUUCCAAUGGAUAAUCAACGCCUUCAUCUUAUAGAGCACCCUGCUGGUCAUUUUGUUUUAAUGGCUGUACUGAGGUCCGAUAAGUUUUUGCCGGAGGAACAGCGUCUUUCCGUUGCAAUUGUGAAUAACCUGACUAAGGAGGAUCUGGGUUCGUGGAUAGCUUGUAACAAAGGUUGUCAUGUAUUAUUAAAAAUGCUGCAUUGUGGAUCAAAUGUGGUCCGAGAGAAAAUAAAACAGGCUACGAACAUGAAGCAAUUGAAGGAAUACACUUUUCGAGGUGCGGUGUUACUGGUUGAGGAACUCGGGAAAAGUUAG